AUUACACAACUACCACUUCCGCUAAUACGCACUUCACAAGCUCACCCAUUGCCCACUCUCACUGGCUGUCUCGGCCAUGGCCACGAACUUCCAAUUCCAUCACUGCCUCGCCUCCAUCACCUCCAAGCUCCCCUAUCUCCGAAAACCUAGCUUCUCUCAUUGGUUACCUGCACCGAUUCCCGGGAAAGUGAGGGUUUUCACUUUCCGGGAAAAGUUCGGAGGCAGAGGGGGAGUGUGCUCGGUUUGUUGUUUCUGUAAAACCGGGUCAGAAAUCGAAAGGGUUUCGGUUCAGGAGGAGGAGAAUGUGCAGCCUUCGUUCGAUAUCAAUCUCGCUGUCAUUCUUGCUGGUUUCGCAUUCGAAGCGUAUACAAGUCCCCCUGAACAUGUCGGAAGGUUUGAAGUUGAUGCUGCAGAUUGUAAGACAGUGUAUCCCUCGGAGUUGUUUGUACGUGAGAUAUAUGAUGGCCAACUGUUCAUAAAGUUAAAGAAGGGUUUGGAUUUACCUGCCAUGGAUCCGUGGGGAACAAGUGAUCCAUAUGUGGUCAUGCAAUUGGAUGGACAGGUUGCCAAAAGCAAGGUCAAAUGGGGGACAAAAGAGCCUACAUGGAAUGAAGACUUCACUUUUAAUAUCAAGCAGCCUCCAACAAAACUUCUCCAGGUUGCAGCUUGGGAUGCAAACCUUGUUACUCCACAUAAGCGCAUGGGUAAUGCGGGCAUUAGUCUGGAUUGCCUCUGUGAUGGCAAUUCACAUGAAAUAAUAGUGGAGUUGGAAGGAAUUGGUGGUGGUGGAAAGAUACAGCUGGAGGUUAAGUACAAAACUUUCGAUGAAAUUGAUGAGGAUAAAAAAUGGUGGAAGGUCCCUUUUCUUCUGGAAUUUCUUCGGAAACAAGGUUUUGAGUCUGCUCUGAAAAUGGUUGUGGGCUCUGAGUCUGUACAAGCAAGUCAGUUCGUAAAAUAUGCUUUUGCGCAAUUGAAGGCAUUCAAUGAUGCAAAGCUUUGGAAGGGUCAGUUUUCAAGUAUUGACAAGUAUGACUCAGGAGGACUGGGGAAGGUAAAUGAUUCUAUCGUGUCAGACAUGGCUUCACAAAUGGAUAAAGAUUCAGAAGGAUCUUUUAACGGCACAGGCUACAACGAAGAGAGCAAAUUAGAGGAUUUUCGUGCAGAUAAUGGUGGUAUGGAGAAUGGAGAUGCCUUGGAACCAGUGACUCCAGUUGGCAAUUCGGUGCAUUCAGAUAAACUUUUUUGGAGGGACUUUGCUGAUGUUAUCAAUCAAAAUGUUGUUCAGAAACUUGGUAUCUCUGUUCCUGAGACACUAAAGUGGGAUGGAUUUGACUUAUUAAGUAGAAUUGGCUUACAGUCACAAAAAAUUGCCGAAGCAGGUUAUAUUGGAUCAGGGCUUGCAACUUCAGAAGGUCCAGAUAGUGAGAUUGAUAAAAAAAUUGGCUCACUUGGCAUUAGCGCAAUUCAGUCUUCAAUACCAGAUAUUAAAAAAUUGACACAGGAUAUAACGAGGCAAACUGAUUCUGUUUUAGGGGCAUUAAUGCUUCUUAAUGCAACAGUUUCUCAAUUAAAGAAGGAUGGACGUCCUCAAGGAAAGAGUGAAACAAAAGAAGAGGCUUUUACCAAACUGGAAGAUAAUAAUGAAGUAGGAUAUUCCGAAAGUGAGAAGCUUUCCAGCUCAAGCAAUGGGUCAGUGGUGGAUGAAAAGAGAGCUGAGGAGAUGAAAGCACUUUUUUUAACUGCAGAAAGUGCCAUGGAAGCUUGGGCAAUGCUUGCCACUUCACUGGGCCAUCCUAGUUUUAUUAAGUCGGAGUUUGAGAAAAUAUGUUUCUUAGACAAUGCAUCCACAGACACACAGGUUGCUAUUUGGCGUGAUUCUGCAAGGAGAAGAUUAGUAGUCGCUUUCAGAGGAACAGAACAAGCACGAUGGAAGGACUUGAGAACUGAUCUGAUGCUUGUUCCUGCUGGGCUAAAUCCUGAAAGGAUAGGUGGAGACUUCAAGCAAGAAAUUCAAGUUCACAGUGGUUUUCUAAGUGCAUAUGAUUCGGUCAGGACAAGGAUAAUUUCUCUAAUUAAACUUGCAAUUGGUUGUAUAGAUGAUCUUGCUGAGCCGUUGCUCAAAUGGCAUGUGUAUGUGACUGGUCAUAGUUUAGGUGGUGCAUUGGCCACCCUUCUUGCUCUUGAGCUUUCCUCUAGUCAGUUAGCUAAGCGUGGGGCAAUCUUUGUGACUAUGUAUAACUUUGGAUCUCCUAGAGUUGGUAACAAAAAAUUUGCAGAACUUUAUAACGAGUACUUACAUUUGCAGAAAGUUAAAGAUAGCUGGCGAGUCAUAAACCACAGAGAUAUUAUACCAACAGUCCCCCGCUUGAUGGGUUAUUGCCAUGUAGCUCAACCUGUUUAUCUAGCAGCUGGAGAUCUAACAGAAGCCCUGGUAGCGGAAAACAUGGAGCUUUCAGGCGAUGGUUACCUGGGUGAUGUACUUGGAGAGUCCACGCCAGAUGUUAUUGUCAGUGAAGUUAUGAAGGGUGAGAAGGAACUUAUUGAAAAGAUUUUACAAACUGAAAUAAAUAUAUACCGUUCAAUUAGAGAUGGGACUGCACUUAUGCAGCAUAUGGAGGAUUUUUAUUACAUCACAUUGCUAGAGAAUGUUAAAUCCAAUUACCAAACUGCCAUGAAGUUGCAAUCCGACCAGCAAGAUAGUUUGUAAAUCAGCUAAGAAGCUUGUGAUGUCCCCAAGGCCUGCAGCAUGGUUAUGCAUGUAUCUUCUAUCAGAUAUGUACAGAGUAUAAUUGAGACGUUAUCAAACUCAUGCAAUAGAAAUUUAAUCGAAUCUACUAGUACUAUACCCCUUGUUUGCAAUAAAUUAUUGUAACAUUUCUAUGUAAUUUGAGAUAUAGAUGGAAAUUGAUAUGAAUUUG